UGUAAAUGGCGCAGUAAAACUACUGAAACAAUGUAAAAAGGGAGAAGUAUUUUCAAUUCGGGAUUGCAAAUGCAUUGCAAAGCCAGAAUGUCCAGAUAGAUCAGAUCCUCGUUAUGGAUCUGGAGAUCCUCCUGAACAAUGUUGUAUCGAUGGCACAUUCCACAAGACAUCAGCCAGAAAUAAAUAUCUAUGUACACGAGUCAGCGAUGGGAAAAUCCUAAAAAAGGAAUGUCCGAAAGGACAAAAGUUUGUAAUACACUCGUUUAAGAACUGUGGUUGUGAAACACCUACUCCGCCACCACCACCUCCUGUAGGCUGUAAAUGGUCCAAAUGGAGUUCAUGGUCGGGUGGACCUUGUUCUAAGUUAUGUGGGACCGGAAGAAGAGCCGAACAGAGAACAAGAGAAAAACAGUUUAGUACAAGAUUUCCAAAUCUGGAAUGCCCGGGUGAUUCGGUUGAAGAUAGAGGAACGGCUUGUAACACAGGACAAU